AUGGGAUCCCUUCGAAGCAAUCGCAAGGUGUUGCCCAACUAUCUACUCGAUGACUACGUUUCCACUCCGGACACCAAAGGAGCAUCCUCCAGCCACGAAUCGAAGAGCUCCCUUCCGCGUCAGACAUCCGCAGGCGAGAACCCUCAGCAGCACGUUCCGGAUGGGCUGGCGAGUGGAUCUGUCCAUGGCAGUGGGAGCGACAUCUCCGCUGGGCCUCUCGGAUUCCUGCCCCGUAGGAAGAAGAAGCUGAGGCAGGCGUGUGUCUACUGUCGACGCUCGCACUUGGUCUGCGAAGAGAAGCGACCCUGCCAUCGCUGCGUCAAGCGAGGCAUUGCAGACCGCUGCAUCGAUCUCCCACAAGAGGGGCAAGCGCUGCAGGAACACGCUAGAACGGGAGCCGCGCCAGAGCCGAGCUCGGGCACUAGCUCGCUGAAUGAUGGCUACGUGUCGCCACCUUCAGUCGCUGCGGGCCCAGGCAACAACAUGGCUUCAACGUCGUCAUCCAAGCAUGCCACCGACCCGACAAGGACCGAAGGCAACCAAACGAAAAAGAGAAAGGCUCGAGCCGAAACUCCUCGUGACUCAAUCGAUUCGCAUCAACACCUCAGCCGUGAGGGUCUGCAUCCCGACCUCAGUCGAUCACAUGUUGACUUAGCAAUCACAAAUGCGGCAAGUGCAUACGUGGCGGCCCCUGGUCCUGAACCCUCCAACUCGAAUGGCAUGCCAGGUGGUCCGGCCUCCGCGCUGAGCACCGCCAUGCCUCCAAGCUCCGGCUCGUUUGCACCAAUGCCGCACCAAUCGAUGCACAAUGUGCAAGCAGAGUCUUCGGUGUCAGCGAAAAACGCGCCGUCUCAGCUGCUUCAGACCCAGCCCAUCUUCCAGCCUCCUUCCUCGGCAGAGCUCGACUCGCUCUUCUCGACCUACUUUUUCGACGUCGCAGAUGCGUUCAGUGCGCGGUUGAAUGGCGCACACCCUCCAGAGAUGCAUCCCCCGUUUGCGCCGCGCCAGGGACCUCCACAGUAUCCGCAUCAUCAAGUGCAUCACCCGCCAGGAUCGCAACAUCAUGUCAGCCUUCAGCAUGCAAAUGCAAGUACUUUGCAUUCCGCGCACAACCAUCGACUCGAGUAUGGCGUGAGCUCUGGCCCCGAUCCACGCAGCUUCCAGCCGGCUCCGUCCCUAACAGCCUCACCACAGCAUCAGCUGCGGCAGAUGGACACCCGCAACGUCCGCGGCCCUCAAGUCGCAUCGUCUACGAAUAGCCCCGGCUCCAGCAUUGCCGACACGGUGGCUGUGCCCGUACCAUCCGUUGCAAGGGGUGAAAUUCAAAAGCAAAGUGGAGACCGUCGAGAUGACACUGUCGAUGAUGUGGAAGAGCCGCCGGCUCGGCAGCGGCCUGGCGACGUAUACUCGCCCUAUCCAUAUCGCAAAGGGUAUGGAUCCCUGAUGCGGUACAUGACCGAUCAAAAUUGGUCGGAGCAGUCGAUCCGGUCGGUGGAGGCGGCGCUGUCCAAGAUCCGAAGACUUUGGUUCUCGCUCGAGGACAACAUCCAGCCAUCGAGUUUGAUCCAAUUACAGGCGGAGUGGGCAGGUAACGUUCGCUAUUUUACGGAAUCAGUGCUUCCGUUCACACCUGUGCCCAUGGUGGUGUGCCGCAAGGCGGGCGAGGUGUAUUCGUCCAACCAGUUGGCGCAAGAUCUGUGCGGUCGGAGCCGAGAGCAGAUGACGGGCGGCAAGCUCUCGUGCUACGAGCUCAUGACCGAAGACUCGGCGUCCAAGUUCUUCCGAUUGUACGAGCUCGCUGUGGGUGGGACACAAGCGGAGGAUGGAAGCUAUAUCCCAGCUGUUGACAAGACGCCACCGCUCUACUGGGACGCCGAGAUUGUGCGACCGAACGGCGACGGAAGCAAUACGGUGAUUCCGACGCGUGGCAUCUUUGAGAUGAAGAUCGCACCUUGUGGGCUGCCGUCGCUAUUAGUGUGUUGCUUCGUUCCGCUUUCGUGA